CUCGGGCGCUUGCUGCCGCGUAACGCGCUCACUCUGCCUUGCAACUUUGACAGGAGUUCCGACGGGGCUUUUUUCGCCGCAGGUCCGUGGAGGAGGGAGCAGCCGCCCACGCCGCCAACUCCAGCCCGGGUUCCUCUCGCCUGGAUCACUCCCCCGCCCACUCGCCAGAGAACCACUGAAGCCGACUUGGACCCGGCGACCAGCCCUCCUUGGAGCAUGUCGGAGCCCAGAGCCCAGACCACGGCGGCGGACAAGGAGUCCCCCAACCUGGUGGCCCAGCUGUUUGGGGGGCUACGUUGGGGCCGCCUGGAGGAGCCCCUGGGAUUCAUUAAGGUGCUGGAGUGGCUCUUCGCCAUUUUUGCCUUUGGAGCCUGUGGUUCUUUCAGUGCAGAAACAGGGGCUACUGUGAAAUGCAACAAGGCCCCUAAAGAGACAACUGCUAUUACUGUGCAGUUUGCAUAUCCUUUCAGGUUGUACAAGAUCCCAUUUGAUAUGCCAGAUUGUAUUGAAGGAUCGACUGCUAAAAGAGUGCUGCAUCUCAUGGGAGACUUUUCUGCACCAGCUGAAUUCUUUGUGACCUUGGGUGUUUUUUCUUUUCUGUACACUAUGGCAGCUCUUGUGGUAUAUCUACGAUUUCACUCCCUCUAUAAUGAGAAUAAGAGGCUACCUUUUGCGGACUUCUGCGUGACUGUCUCCUUUACAUUUUUUUGGCUAGUGGCAUUUUCAGCUUGGGGCAAGGGUCUGUCAGAUGUGAAAGGAGCUACCCGGCCUUCCAGCCUCAUUGCAGCCAUGUCAGUCUGUCAACUCAAAAGCGCAGUGUGCAAUGCUGGGGCCACUCCUUCUAUGGGUUUGGCCAACAUCUCUGUGCUGUUUGGUUUUGUCAACUUUAUACUCUGGGCUGGAAACUGCUGGUUUGUUUUUAAAGAAACCCCUUGGCAUGCACAGACCACCAACAAGGAAAGCUCUGCUGAACAAGGAGCUGUUGAUAAGCAAUAAGGAAACCCCACCCCAUUGAAGUCUUCUUCCCCCCACCCUCCCAAAUCAAGAACAUGCAGUCCCUUUGCUCAUCCCAUUGUACCACAGUGCAGGAGAUAUGUCUUCUCUGCCAUCUUUACUACUGUUCAGCAGUCGUAGUGGCUUCCCUUUGUGACUGAUAUGGGAUGCCUUUCUCCAGCUGCAAUCACCGGUCCUCUUGUGGUCAUAGUUAUACAGACUGUUCAUAGUUACAACAAAACUCUCCUUUGUUUGGAUUUUUUUUAUAAACAUACACUACUGUACAUUUUCAUGUUAGUCACCUAUUUUAGGAUGUAUUGCAAUGUGUCUUUACUGAUAGUAUUUACCAUUUUUUAAAGAACAAAGCAAAUAGAGUUGAAUAAGAACAUAAACCAAAUUGUUAGACCUAUAGAACUUGAGACAUCUAAGUGCCUUAGAGAGAAAAUACAUCUACUUUGUAGCAAUAAUUGAUGUAGAAACAGUAACAUGCCACUUGGCUAAGCAGCAAAAUAAAAUAAAAACAAAAUAAUAUUUACCUUUAAAGCAUUUGAAGGAAGGAAGGAGUGUGUUACAUAUCUCCUUUUGUAUUAUGAAGUAUACAUAUUCUAAACAUACUUCUGCAUCCCUUAAAUAUAAUUGGAUUACAACUUAAGAUACUGUUUGCACACAGGUGUCUUAUUCAGCCCUGCAUGGCAAAGAUUGGGUAGGGAUUUUUUUUUUUAACCAACUGAAACAAAAGAAAACCCUCUUUGUCCAUGUUGAGCCAUAAAGGAUAAUCCUUGCCAAUGUGAGCUGUUAGCAGUUGCUGGUUUUGCUAUUCCUAGAUUGCAGGCAAAUAGUGUCAGAAAAAAUAUUGGCCAUCCAGAAGUAGCAUUAGUAGAAUACUUCUAGCACUCUAGAAUUUGAACUCUGGACAUCUGUUUCAAAAUCUUCCUGAAAUUUUGUUUUAUUUAAAAAUAUUUCACAAUAUGAACUUCUUCGAGUAUGCAGACUAAUUUUAAUCGACUUUUAAGGUUAAGACAGCCCAAGCUUGGCUGAGAAAUAUGCAGAGCACAGAUUUUUUUAUAACUUGUUAUAUUGUUCAGAAUCCUUGUGGCUGGUGACUUAGCAAUGGCCUUUAAACCCUCUGUAAUGGAAGCUGCUAACUCUUCAGUUUUGGGGUUGAGUAUCACUGGAUUCAUGUAUACUUGUUCAUAUCUCAGAUUUAACUUCCAUGUGGUUGCAAUUAGCAGCAGAAUUUGAUGGUGACAUGAGCCACCCUAAUCACCCAAGUUGCUAUGGGAAUUCUUAAGGAAGCUUUUAGCAUCUCUAGAUGUCUCUUUGGCAGAGGAUGAGACUGCCAGAAAUUAAGUGUAAUAUAAUAUUAAAUCUACUUUUUUCUUCCCUCCCUCUUUUUCAUUAGAAACAACUUGCUACUGAGAAUACCAGCUAUGAAACUCAGGAACUCUCUUGGUGUUAUUGUUUCUUUCUUUUUUUCCUAUUGAUAAUGUCAUUGAAAAAAAAUGGGGCUGAUCCACCCCACCCCUCAAGCCUCAAAUCUCUGUGCUUCCCUAUAUCUAAUCUUAAAUGGGUGGAUAGCUUUUAGGAAGGUGGGGGAUGCCAUAGAAUAGAAGGAUGAGUACUUUGUCUGUUGAAUUCUCUUAUAUCAGACCUUGUUUGAUCUUGGUCUUUCUCUUAUUUCCACCUCUUCUUUUAUCAGCAAAGGGAGUCGAAAUCUUAAUAUUACUAAUAUUGGUGCUUGAUUAGGUGUGGGACCUUCAUGUUAAGCAGGCCUCCUUUGUAUUUUUUGUAAACUUCCUUUUCUUGCUGAAUUUUUAUUACUGGUACUUCUGUACCACCUUAAUAGUCUUUAGGAAAUCCUGUGGCAUUUUGGCAUUGAAACUACAAAUAUGUAGUCAUCUUCUUGCCAUGUUUUUUUUAUAAAAUAAGGGCUACUAUAAACCAAAAAGAAAACUGUUUGACUAUCUUUUUAGAAUGAGUUUUCUGGUAGUCAAUCAUUAUGCGUGCUUCUAUCAACAAAUUAGUCCAUACCUAGGAAAUACAGUAGCUUCUAGCCAAUAGUGUGUUUACAUAAUCACCCAUUUCGAGGAGUUCUACGAUGUUUUUUUCUGAAACACUGAACCUACAAAUGUAGUUAGAUAUGUGUAUCUUUCAUCUUGUAUAUACCUUUGAUUCUUCCUUCUGCAUCUUACAGGAUUACUUGCUACUUUUGCCAAGAUUUGUCCAAGGUCCUCAAUUAAUAAAAAUCAGUGUCACAAUACUGAGUGCUACCACUUUAUACCAGUUGAAGAUCAGACCUUUGUGCAAAUAUUGAACAAUACUUUGUAAAUUGAUGCUAGAAGCAGAAACAAGGAGUUGGUGCAUGCUGUCCAUUUGGCAGUAAUGAUUCUUUUAAAAGGAUAUGAUAAUUGCAUGCCAUUGAUCAUGCAAGUUCUGCAAAUCACUUUCUGACUUAAAAUAUGUUUGCUUCUGUAUUUAUUUGAAGUAAAUACAGUUGUGUUACAUUUAGCAUUUCUUCUAUACCCAACACAGAAGAGGGCUAUAUGAAACAGCUGAAGAGGCAGCAGGUGCAAAUACACUCAUUGUAUUGAAUCCAAAGUCAUCCUAGAUGACUAACUCACUUUCUUCAGGCUAUAUCUUGGGCAUGGCACAUGCUAGAAAGAAUGGAAGGGCCGACCACUGCUUUUGCUGCCUUUGCAUUUUGUGAAAGCUGAAGCCUAGCAUUUCUACAAAUUCAGUGUAGCAAAUGGUGGUUAAUGAUGUGUAACUAAGAUGCUCAUGAUGUCUAUCUUCCCUGUCCUGGAAAAAUAAACAUUUCUAUUGAAAGUGGAGCAACCAAUAACCCAUUAUUGAAUUCUAGGCAUCUAUUCUAUUAAUUCUGCUUACUUUCUCAGGCAUUUACUCUUCUAGUGGCAGGAUAUUGCAUAUUUUUGCCCUCCUAAUGAUUGUUAGUAUUAUUCUAAUAAAGUGUCUUGAGAGUUCA